UUGGCGAAGAUAAUCCACGUGUAGGAACAGGUUGCACGGCCUGUCCUGUAGAUGUCUCUCUCUGCAGCGGGAUGGAGACGCGGAGACGCGUGACGUCGCUGGGGUGAUGAUGAUCCGCUCCCUCAGAGCAAGAGUGAGUUUGGAGCGGGCACUGUGAAAUGCCUAACCAUCAUGUUGCCUGGAUAAUCACAAGAGGACGUCGGGAUAUCGAGGUAAGCGCAAGUCGUGUAGAGGGGGCGACCCCAAUCCGCCCGGCGUAUGUACGUGUGUGUAUUUAUUUAAGGUGUGUUAAUGCAGGCGUUACGAUCAAGAUCAAGGAGGCUGUACUUUUUACAAAUUUAGAUUAUUUUUGGAAUACCUUAAUUAUCCUCAUUUUGUGGCUCGGGUUUCAUCGAGGACUGUUGAUGUUUCAAAUUAAAAGCCCCCUCCCUAAAAAUACUCGGAUAAGUUUCGAACGUCUUGUCGGGAGGAUUUAAACUUUACUAUUUCUUAGUCUUCGUGUAGAGGAAUCCUCCCACGGUGGCUUUAUAAGAUAAGUUGGUCCACUCAAUGAGAGACAAUGGCACUAGACGUGCGCUCUAUAACGAUCCGCCGGUUUAGAGGCAGAGUGUGUGUAUGUGUGUGUGUGUGUGUGUGUGUGUGUGUGUGUGUGUGUGUGUGUGUGUGUGUGUGUGUGUGUGUGUGUGUGUGUGUGUGUGUGUGUGUGUGUGUGUGUGUGUGUGUGUGUGUGUGUGUGUGGUGUGUGUGUGUGUGUGUGUGUGUGUGUGUGUGUCUGAGUGCACCUGAUGCGCUCUGCUGUUGCUGCUAGUUGCUAGAGGAUGCAGCGUGGCAGCAUCACGGACUUCAGUAAGCGACUGUAGCCGCGCGGUUCGAGAUCGACGGCGCCUGAUGCGCGCGUGGACGACGACGACGGCGUCGAGGGUGCGAGUGGAUCAUUCGGCUCUGACCAAUCAUGGGCGUCCUUCAGCUGCACAACCCCACCCACCCCAGCGCCCUGCUGCAGCGCGCCAACCAAAUGCGGCUGUCGGGCACGCUGUGCGACGUCAUCAUCACGGUGGACGGCCAGGAGUUCCCGGCGCACCGCACCGUGCUGGCGUGCACCAGCAAGAUGUUUGAGAUCCUGUUCCACCGCAGCAGCCUGCGCUACGCCCUCGACUUCCUGUCGCCCAAGACCUUCCAGCAGAUCCUGGAGUACGCCUACACAGCCUCCAUGCAGGCCAGCGCCGAGGACCUGGACGACCUGCUGUACGCCGCCGAGAUCCUGGAGAUAGAGUACCUGGAGGAGCAGUGCCUGAAGGUGCUGGAGACCAUCCAGGCCGAGGACAGCCAGGAGGAGUCGGCGGGGGGCCGGAUCAACCAGCACCUCGGGCCGGAGCUCGGUGGCGGAGGAGGUGGAGGAGGUGGAGGAGGCGGAGGCGGCGGAGGCGGCGGAGGAGUCGACCAGGGCAGCCGAGCGAGGCACUGGAGGCACGUGCUGAUGUCCAAGAAGCAUUCCAUACAGGAGGGCGGGCGGGGCGGGGGCACCACCCCCACCGCGCUGCACCACCUGGCCCUCUACCACAUGGCCGAGAGGGGCAUGGCCGAGACGGACCCCCAGCACGAGGGCCCCGGCGCCGACCCCGCGGGGAAGGAGAUCCGCAUGGAGACGCUGAGCCCCCGAGGGCCCAGCCCCACCUCCAUCCAGAACCCCUUCAUGGACCCCGGAGCCCGGACCAUCAAGUCGGAGAGCAUGCAGGUGGACCACCCCGGCGGGACGGACCACCCCCCCAGGGACGAGGGCCCCGGGACCCCCCUGAGGGGCAGCGUGAUCACCAGCGCCCGGGAGCUGCACACGGGGCAGGACGAGGCAGGGCACUCCCCGGACGGGUACCCGGGGGCGGCCGAGCGGCACCUGGCCUCGCUGUACUCCGGCCUGGCCGGCGGGCACGAGGCGGGGCCGGGGCCCGUGUCCGUGGCGGUGGCCCCGGGGCUGGGCAUGCAGAUGGACCCCCGGGCCUACGGCGGGCUCCUGCACCAGGGCCUGCUGCACCGCGAGCUGCUGAGCCGGCUGGGCCAGUUCGCGGCGGGGAUGACGCGCGAGGGGCCGGCCCAGGGACAGCUGUGCUGCGGCGAGUGCGGGCUGCAGCUGCACAGCCGACAGGCGCUGGAGCAACACAGGCGGCUCCACAGCAGUGAUAAGGGCCACGGCUGUGAGUUCUGUGGCAAGCACUUCCAGGACAGCGUGCGGCUAAGGAUGCACAUGCUGUCUCACACAGCCCCCGCCGAGGCGCUGGUGUGUGAUCAGUGCGGAGCCACCUUCUCCUCCGAGGAGGCCCUUGAAGCCCACCGGCAGACACACACAGGGACCGACAUGGCGGUGUUCUGUCUGCUGUGCGCCAAACGCUUCCAGACCCAGAAGGCCCUGCAGCAGCACAUGGAGGUCCACGCGGGCAUGCACAGCUACAUCUGCAGCCACUGCGAGCGCUCCUUCCCCAGCCACACCACCCUGAAGCGCCACCUUCGCUCCCACGCGGCCGGAGACCACCCGUUCGAGUGCGAGUUUUGCGGGAGCUGCUUCCGGGACGACGGGACGCUGCGGGGCCACAAGCGCAUCCACACGGGGGAGAAGCCCUACGAGUGCAACAGCUGCGGGAAGCGCUUCAGCCUGAAGCACCAGCUGGAGACACACUACCGCGUGCACACAGGCGAGAAGCCGUUCGAGUGCAAGCUGUGUCACCAGCGUUCCCGGGACUACUCGGCCAUGAUCAAGCACCUGCGCACGCACAACGGCGCUUCACCCUACCAAUGCACCAUCUGCCAGGACUUCUGCCCCAGCCUGGCCGGCAUGCAGAAGCACAUGAAGGGGCACAAGCCGGAGGAUGUGCCCCCCGACUGGAGGAUAGAAAAGACUUACCUUUAUAUCUGCUAUGUCUGAGCGGGACUCAGACCUCACCUAGCACACUCACUCAGUCCCACACAUGCAGGUGUGUCUCACUCUCUCUCUCACUCUCUCUAUCUCUUUAUCUCUCUCACUCUUCCUCUCCCACCCCCUGUCUCUCUCUCAAUUGUUCUCUAUCUCUCCCCCUCUCUCUCCCUAUCACUCUCUUUCUCCUGAA